UUGAUUGCUGUAUUUAGUUGCAUUUCCAUUUACUAAUGUUAAAAUCAAAAUUAGCAUCUAGAAAGAGAGCUAAAGAAUCAGUCAUUAAUCAUGGCAUUUCAGAAAAUAGGAAUUGGAGCUUUAGAUAAGGAAUUGAAUACUUUAUUUCGAAGAGUCUUUGCAUCAAGAGUCCUUCCAACAGAAUUUGUGCAGAAACUUGGCUUGAAACAUGUCAAAGGCAUUUUACUUUAUGGUCCUCCUGGUACAGGAAAAACUUUAAUGGCCCGCAAAAUCGGAGAAAUGUUGAAUGCCAAAAAACCAAAAAUGAUUUACGGACCUCAAAUUUUAGAUAAACAUGCAGGAGAAUCUGAAGCCAAUGUUAGAAGACUUUUUGCUGAAGCAGAAGAAGAUGAUAGAAUGUUUGGACUCAAUAGUGGACUGCAUGUUAUAAUAAUUGAUGAAAUAGAUGCCAUUUGCAAAACUAGAGGAUCUGUGGCCGGAGAUUCUGGUAUUCAUGAUGCAGUGACCAGUCAGUUACUAGCAAAAAUCGAUGGUUUUGAGUCUGUGAGUAACAUCUUAGUCAUAGGAAUGACUUGCAGAAAAGAGGUAAUUGACGAAGCUUUACUAAGGCCUGGUCGAUUAGAGGUUCAAAUCGAAAUUGGGUUGCCUGAUGAAAAGGGACUUCUGCAUAUUCUUAAUAUUCAUACUUCUUUAAUGAAGAAACACAAUAGAAUGGCAGAAGAUGUUAAUUUAGAAGAACUAGCAGCUAUCACCAAGAACUUUACCGGCGCUGAAAUCGAAGGUUUAGUAAGAGCUGCUCAGUCAGUAGCAAUAAACAGAUUGCUAAAGGAAUCAAUGAGAAUGAAGAUUGGCCCUGAAGCAACUGGAAGAAUUAGUAUUACUCGAGCUGAUUUCCUGCAUGCAUUGAAAUGUGAUAUUAAACCAGCUUUCGGCAUUAGUUCAGAACCAAUUGAAAGAUUAAUUUCUCAAGGCAUAAUUAACUGGGGACAACCUGUUGCAGAUAUUUUGGAAGAUGGACGGCUUUUCAUACAGCAAGCAAGAGGAGGAGUCUCCCGAGGUUUAGUCAGUGUACUUCUUGAAGGAGCACCAAAUAGUGGCAAAACUGCUUUAGCUGCUAAAUUGGCACUAAAUUCUGAUUUUCCAUUUGUGAAACUGUGUACUCCUGAAGAUAUGGUUGGUUAUUCAGAGACAGCAAAAUGUCAAUUAAUCAAAAAUAUGUUUGAUGAUGCUUACAAAUCUCAACUCAGUUGUAUUAUUGUUGACAGCAUAGAAAGAUUAAUAGAUUAUAGUGCGAUUGGACCACGUUAUUCAAAUUUGGUUUUGCAAGCUUUACUCGUACUACUUAAAAAAGAACCACCUCCGGGAAGAAAGCUGUUGAUUUUAUGCACUAGCAGCAGAAAACAAGUUCUAGAAGAAAUGGAUAUGCUAUCAAUUUUUACAGCAAUAUUGAGAGUACCGUAUUUAAGUUCUCCUGAAGAUUUAGUAUCUGUUCUCUUGGAAACAAAUACUUUCAACAAGAAAGAAAUCGCCGAAAUUCAAAAGAAAACGAAAAAUUGCAGAUUUAGGGUGGGAAUAAAAGAAUUACUUGCAUACAUUGAUUUAGCGAGAGAGUUUCAGGCAUCUGGUGGCAUAAGAGUAUACAAGUUCCUCAAUAAGCUUAGAGAAGAAAACUGUCUGCAAGAAAUAUAGUUUGAAUAUGUGCCAGUGAAUGAAGACUUGAAAGUUUGAGUAAAAUGUCUUAAGCUCACUGUCCUUUUUUUUUUUUUUUUUUUUUUUUUUUUUUUUUACAUUCCUUGUGUUAAGGAGAUAGUAAAAACUUGAGGUUAAUUUCAACAAAGUAUUAUUCUUUUA